AUGGAACUGGCCGUUUCCGUACCGGAUUGUUCGACCUGGAUACCUAUAUGGAUAUCACCAACAAAUAUGUCUCGUCGUACAUCAUCGACUAGAAAAACAACACAAAAUCAAAAUGAAAGCACCGGCGAAAGCGAAGAAGAAAAUGAGAUUACGCCUGAUUAUGAUCGUGAUACGGGGAGAUUCUUUAUGAUGCAGUUCAACGCAUGUGGACAAAGCAUCGGAGAAUUUAUUAAACUUUGCCAUGCAACGAACUAUGACAUUGAACGUUGUCCUGUUUUUACUGAGUACCAUUUUUCAGCUCGUCGAGAUCUACUUGGACCACUGGUUGAAACACUUGGAAUACCUCCUCAAACGAAUAUGGGAAGGUUUAAGUUGAAUAUGGAGCCAACUUCACCUACUUAUCGAAACAAAUUACUCAAAAUUGAAUACGAAAUAUUAUGGAAGCGACAUAAUGCCGUAGAUGAGAAUCAACAGUUGGAGUUAAAAAAAUUGACAAAAGACGAAAAAGAAAUAUUUGAAGAAUCCUAUGAAAAACAAAUUCGCAAAUACAAUGAAUGGUUCCAACUUGUUGAAAAUGUUAUUAAAAAAGAACUCGAUGCACAGGUUUACAGAAAAAAAUGA